CGCUCAGAAUCCGCUACCAGCCGGGGAGACUACCCACCGCCAGAAAACUAUGACUGUAGAGAGAGUAUUCGACGAGCUUGGACAUUUCAAAAGGUUCCAGGCAUGUCUGUACUUCGCCGCGGUCUUCCAAGCUGUAGCAUGUGGGAUCCAUUAUCUGGCCUCCGUUUUCCUGGUGGAGACGCCGAAUUUCGUGUGCAGUGUGCCCGGCAACAUUACCGAUGUCCUGUACGGUAAUUUAAAUGCAUCCAGUCUGGAGGAUGUACUGCCGGUUUUCAAUCCCAGCAUCGGCCCCGUGGUGGUCAGGACGGCCGAGGGUGAGCAGUGGGAGCUCAGCCGGUGCCGGUGCGCCCUGCGCACCAGUCCAACAGGCUUUACAUACGAAUUUGAUGGCAACAAGACGAUAAAAGCCUGCAACGGAAGCUUUAUUUACGACCACAGUGAAGUGUACCAGAGCAUAGUGACGGACUGGGACUUGGUGUGUGAAAGAGAGUGGCUGGCGAAGCUGUGCCAACCCACCUUUAUGCUGGGAGUGCUGAUCGGAGCACUGGUGUUUGGGGACAUUGCUGAUAGGGUUGGUCGUGUGAGGAUUCUGAUGUUCACCAGCCUCUGCCAAUUUGUGUUUGGUAUUUGUGUGGCGUUUACUGGAAACUACUACUUUUUUGUAGUGAUCCGCUUCCUCCUCGCCAUGGUGUCCAGUGGCUACCUGGUGGUGGUGUUUGUGUACGUGACAGAGUUCACCGGCAUCAAGGUGCGCACGUGGACCUCCAUGCACGUGCACGCAGCUUUUGCCGUGGGCAUCAUGGUGGUGGCUUUGACCGGCUACCUGGUGCGAGUCUGGUGGAUCUACCAGAUCAUCCUCUCCAUUUGCACCUCGCCCUUCCUGCUCUUCUGCUGGAAGUUCCCCGAAACGCCCUUCUACCUCAUGGCCAAAGGCCGCAUCCAGGAGACACAAACCCUGCUGGACACCAUAGCUCGCUGCAACGGCAUCGAGUGCAGGCUGAAGGCAGAGGAUCUUCGAGACUCAGAGGGUGACAACUCCAAAGCCCUGCUGGAGAAGGAGGCUGAUCCGCAGCCAGCGCUCUCUUCUCCAGAUGAGAAACUGUCCAUCCUGGAUCUGUUUGGUAGCUGGAGGAUGGUGGGCCGCACAUGCACAGUUUGGUCCAUCUGGUUCAUCGGCAGCCUGGGCUACUAUGUCUUCUCCUUGGGCUCAGUCAACCUAGGAGGAAACCAAUACAUCAACCUUUUCUUGGCUGGUGCAGUAGAGAUCCCCUCCUACCUGGUUGGCUGUUUUGCAAUGGACCGAGUUGGGAGGAAGAUGACUUGUGCCCCAGCGCUGCUGCUUGCCGGAGUUGCCUGCAUACUCAUCAUCGUGGUGCCUUCUGACAUUGAGGUGCUAGCCAUUAUUCUCAGCAUGACAGGGAAGUUUGCAAUAGCAAUUGCCUUCGGUCUCAUCUACCUGUACACCUGUGAGCUUUACCCUACAAUUAUCAGGAGCCUGGCAGUAGGCAGUGGCAGCAUGAUGUGCCGGGUGGGCAGUGUGGUUGCCCCCUUCUGUGUGUACCUGGCUGAUGUCUGGAUCUACCUACCUCAGCUAAUUGUGGGAAUCCUGGCAUUCAUUAUUGGAGUGCUGACACUGUUGUUGCCUGAGACCUUGGGCAAGCCUCUGACAACCACUUUGGAAGAGGCUGAAGCUCUGGGACGUGAGCCCAGCAAGAAGAUCUCAGCCCUGGGCAAUAAACAUGCUGUGGACGGAUUAGAGAUGAACCAGCAUGAAGCCAAGGUCUGAGGUCUACUCUACUGCAGGAAGACACACAGAGAAAAUAUAUGUUUGCACACUGAGCUUCCCUGUGUAUGAAAUGCGCAUUACAAAUAAAAUUGACUUGAAAAAUAAAUAUUAGAGUGUCAAAGGAAAAAGCAGAGGAGACAGCCGCUGAAACCUUUGCCAGAGAUCACAAUAAAAUCAUUAAUUCUCUGGACUGUUGAAAAAAAAAGAAGACAAAAAGAACAAACCUUUUGUAAGGCCAUUCAGAUAAAAAUAAGUUGUUGACAUUUUGUUCUGCAAAGUGACCAAUACUUAAGGGUUACUUGAGACUCGAGAGCCCUAACUGCAUUCAUGCAGUAUUGAUAUGGUGAGUCAUGGAUAUCAUGCCUUCAGAGCAGUCCAUGAAUUUACAAGAGAUAGAAAAUCAUUGGUGCAUGUGUGUGUGUGCUGUGUGCCUAAGUCUUAGGAAGCAUGAGGGAAUCUGCAGUCAUGGUGUUGAGCAUUUGUGUGAGCGGUAAAAUAACCACACUGAUUACAGUGCAGCUUGAGAGCUGUUUCUCACCUUAUAACAGAACAAAUAUUAUGCCAUAUGUUUUCUUAUCAUUACAAAUGUCAGGUGUUCUACAAAUAAAUGUAUAGAUAUGUAAGUAUAAACAUUUACACACACUCAAAAACACAGUCAGGCACACAGAGACAUCUCAUCUCAUACAUUGUAACUUCCAGUGUACAGUACUAAUAAUAUAUAUAUUUUAGUCUACAGUGACAGAAAUGCCUGAUUUUGAAUUUUGAAGUGGCCUUUUCAUUUUCUGAACAUGUUUGAAGCUCAGGGCAUCUAUUGUCAGAUAUUACUGUGAAACUAUACUAACUGUAUUAUUUUACCUGUAUGCUCAGUUUGAUUUUAAUCUCGAUUCCAUCUGAUUUAUGAUUACCAUUGCUUACUAUUAUCUUGUUACCUUGUGUGUGUGCGUGUGUGUGCGUGUGUGUGCGUGUGUGUGUGUGUGUGUGUGUGUGUGUGUGUGUGUUUUUAGUAUAUAGCAUAGUAUGUGCAGCACUAUAUGCUGGCAUUGUAGUUUUCUACAUGUGUAUUGCUGUAUGAGGUAAUGCUAGAAUUUUGUUUUGUUUUGUUUUGUUUUGUUUCAAGCGUGUUAUGUUUUGGACCAAAGUCAGGAAUGGAAACCAUGACACUGUGGAGUGUGUUCACCUGCUUUGCAAUAUUUUAGUACGAUAAUGUUUUCAAUUUCAUAUCAAGCCGUUUCAUGGUGCAUUAUUCUGAAGGAGUACAAAAAAAAAAAAAAAAAAUCAGGACAAUCUGACAUCUGGUAUGGUACUGAUGAAAUCUGAUCACCA